UGUCACGUUCGCACUUGGGUUAUUGUGACCCGCGAGUCUUACCGUGACAGUGACCGGUGAACACAGCCAGAGCUUUAUGAUCGAGGAUCGCCACGACGCUUGUCCGUUGACACCGUUCAACAGCCUCAUAUAACCCUACGCUGCAAGUGCGUUCAGCGCGACCCAUAACGUCCGUCUUCUGGUCAGGAUGACGGAGGGCGUAGACACGCUCCGCCGGUUAAACCCCGAUGUUCUUCUGAGUGUAUUCGAGCACUCAUUGCCUGAGCGCGGUUUGCGCUCACUGUCCAUGGCAUGCCGAUGGGUUCGGGAAGAAACCAUGCCUGCACUCUUCCGACGCUGUUUGGUCGCUGUGGCGGAGCCACUCUGUGCAGAGCGGUUCCUCCCACAAAGACUGUGGCCUUACGUAUGCCACUUGUCGUUGCGAGACGAAUGCCCGGACGUGGUCGCCAUGAACUCCACGUGGAAUCAUCAACCACAGUUCACCGACGACCCUUUGUUAUGUGGUAUUAUGGAUCCCGAGUUCCUCGGGACCACGCUACCAGCCAUGCCUCGUCUACAGUCCAUCCAUCUGGGUUUCCUGCGCUCGGAGGUCCAUGGAAUAGGAUGGGAUACUCUGGCGGCCAUCCUCUCUACGCCGCAGCUACGCAGUUUCACAGUCGCACAAUUCAUGUUCAGUCCGCGACAGUCCUCGACCAUGGCGGACUUCGACUCUCUCGCUCCGCUCACGACAUUCCGAUACGAGCAACGGUUCUUGCGUACUGUACUCCAUCAGUUUCCUUCCCAGGAGGCCGCUCUGGGUACGGUCAUCGGAAAGUCGCGGCAUACUCUUGAAUCGCUUUUACUUCCCAGCGAAAUUGCACCCUUCAGAGUCCUCAUGACCAACCAGUGGCCCCGAUUGGAGGAAUUACAUUUGAUAGGUGUGCUCAAUCUGGCUCGUGACGCUCACAUUCCAUUCGUCACUCUCUUUGCUGGUAUGCCUAGGUUGCGUGUCUUGAACUUACAACUUGCUGUACGGAAGCACUUCGACCAAAGUUUGCUACAGCUGUGGCCCCAGGAUCGCGAAGGGCAACUUCCGUGGCCGAACCUCGAGGAUCUGGUCAUGUCAUUUCCAAACCUCGAGGAUCGGGUCUACUCCCACCUUCCCCGAACCCUACGACGUCUUACAUUGCGGUGUACACCACACCAUUCCUUCGAUAUAUACAAACGAUACCAUCCCCCGUUGAAGGCGUCGGAGAUGCUAAAGCUGCUUUCGGGUGUUGAUGUCCCGCACCUCACGUACAUAUUGCUCGAAUACUGCGCGGACGUCGCAGAAGACGACCUCCUACUCUAUGUCGUCCAGAGGUUUCCUCAACUGACCUCCUUGGAGCUUCAUCGCUCCACGUCACGCGAGGGCAAUAGUAUGACCAUUACCGACGUGGCUCUGCGGCUAGCAAGUCUCCCAAACCUGUUCGUUCUGCGAGCCUAUCUGGAGUUUGGGUACCCUUCUCGCAGCUUCGAGAAGCUGCAGCAGAUAGCAACCGUCUUAGCACGCAAGGUCGCGCGUCCUGGUCUCGAGUUGUGGCUGCUCCAUCAUUCUGGUGGUAACGGUGCAGUCUGGUACCCAGUCCGACUCGUAGCCGAGGAAGGGGUUGACCAGGAGCCGCGAGCGGAAAUAAGUCACUUCGAUAAUGGCGCAGUGUCGGCAUACCCAUUCAAUUAUUGACCAUCAUAUUGCGCGUUCAUCUCCACAUCAGUGUACCGCAGGUGUACCGUGCGAAUCUUGGGAUUUUGCAUGUAGCCGAGUGGCCCGCACGAAUGCCAUGCACUCACUGCCCAGUAGCCCUACUGUACUACUAGUACGCCCACCAAGUGUACACAGGGACCAUUGGGCUUUCGGAGCUGGUCGCCGUAUAUACCCCGGUAUGCCCGUCGCAGAGAAGGAAAUCUUCCUCGCAUUUUCGCG